CGAAAACCAAUUGCUACUCUCUUAACCCUCAGGUUUCUGAGUUGAGUGAUCUUUAUCAGGGUCACAGAAUCAGCCCCAGUUCUCAGUUCUUUCAUUCAUUCUUCCAUAAGACAGAGCUGGGAAGGUGGUUUGCUUAGGCAGGAAGGACUAUAACUCCCAGAGUGCACCUGUGCGGUUGCCAAGAGCAACCAAGGAAUGCAGACUAACAGCCCGGCUAGAGUCAGGGCUAUUGAGGACUGCGGGCCAGCCAGCCAUGGGCCAGGAUUAUUACGCUAUACUCCAUGUCACUCGCAAUGCAGAGGAUGCCCAGAUCAAGAAGGCGUACCGGAAACUUGCCCUUAAGAACCACCCACUGAAGUCCAUGGAGCCAGCCUCAGUGGAGAUAUUCAAGCAAAUAGCGGAGGCCUACGACGUGCUGAGCGACCCUGUGAAGAGAAGCGUCUAUGACAAGUUUGGAGAAGAGGGUCUGAAGGGCGGGAUUCCUCUGGAGUUUGGGUCCGAGACCCCUUGGGCAACUGGUUAUGUCUUCCAUGGCAACGCUGAAAAGGUUUUCCAUGAGUUCUUCGGAGGAAACAACCCCUUUAGUGAGUUUUUUGAUGCAGAAGGACAAGAGGUGGAUUUGAACUUUGGGGGGCUCCGGGGUCGAGGGGUCAAGAAACAGGAUCCCCCAAUAGAAAGAGACCUCUACCUAUCCCUGGAGGACUUAUUUUUUGGCUGCACCAAGAAAAUCAAGAUCUCCCGCAGGGUGCUGAACGAGGAUGGGUAUUCCUCUACCAUCAAGGACAAGAUCCUCACAAUUGAUGUGAAGCCUGGUUGGAGGCAAGGCACACGGAUCACCUUUGAGAAGGAAGGUGACCAGGGCCCCAACAUCAUCCCAGCAGACAUCAUCUUCAUCGUAAAGGAGAAGCUACACCCUCACUUCCGCAGGGAGAAUGACAACCUCAUUUUUGUGAACUCCAUCCCCUUGGGCAAGGCUCUGACCUGCUGCACCGUGGAGGUGAAGACCCUAGAUGACCGGCUGCUCAACAUCCCCAUCAAUGACAUCAUCCAUCCUAAGUACUGCAAGAAGGUGCCAGGUGAGGGGAUGCCAUUGCCUGAGGACCCCACCAAGAAGGGGGAUCUCUUCAUCUUCUUUGAAAUCCAGUUCCCCACCCGCCUCACACCCCAGAAGAAGCAGAUGCUGCGCCAGGCAUUGCUGACGUAACUGGUGGGCUGGGGGCUGCAGCAGGGGUCAGAGGA